AUGGAGGACAACAGGGGCCAGAGGAGGCAGAACGAGCCGCCUAUUCAUGGCGCGCCCAACCCGCGCUACCACCAGUCGCUGCAUGACUCGACGCAGCAGCGGAGGUCUUUUGCUGGCGCGCAGGGGGAUAGGUACCGGGCUGCACCUCUUACAUCUUCGCCAUCAGGAGCGGCCAGAGGAAUGAGCGGUUCGGCUGGCUACAGCGGUUAUUAUCAAGAGCCAUCGGCGGCGGGAUUUCCCACGACCGCCAUGCCUCAGGGCGCGAUGAGUUAUCACCACGGACCGUCUGACUAUGGCCAGCCUGAUACACGACAAACUCAAGGCUUCGCUAGCACCUACAAUCCAAAUGCUCUGAUGUAUAACGUACCCCAAGGCGCCGGGCCACAGAGCACCGCGGUAUACGACACAAGCCAGCAGUUCCCUCAACGGCAACCGGCCACACUGCAAAUGAUGGCAACUGAUGUCACUGCCCCGUAUUUCUCCAGCGAGCCAACAAACACGGCGGCAGCAACUGCUUUGCAGGCGCAAACAGGACCUUCCAGCGCACAGGUAUAUGGGCAAUCUAGCAUGCCAGGUUAUUCGUCUGGUGGGAUGGCUGGUAUGGGAGGUAUGAAUGCGCAGGCUACCUCAACCUCCGACGUCAGGAUGGAGGACGAUUAUCCGGCGGGAGGAACCCUGGAUCACGCUUACGCGUCUUAUCAAACAGCAUUGAAGGAGAUAUUCCAAAACAUACAGAACGGUGUCCUGGCCACGGCUAGUGACUCGCUCAUCCGUGUCUCGGACUGGCUCCUGUCGCAUGUGGCAGACCUAGGACUGACCUCAGACGACCAGAGUUUACAUGGUGACAGAAUCAAGCUGUGGAACGACUUCAAUCAUGCUUGGUUGGGUAUGCUCCAGCGCCAGAAAGAAAUGACGGAAUCUGGCCAACAACCACAGCGCUCACAGAGCGUAAUCUCGGCAGAAGGAUUGAAAAAGAUGGGGAAGGAGCUUAUCAGAUUGUGCGACUCAAUUGAGCGCCAUGGUCUCGUCGACUACCAAUAUGGCGUCUGGGAGGAACAAAUCAUUGAAAUCCUGACGGAGUGCUUGAACGUCUACGAACCAACGGAGUCAUCCGGGGACGACAGUGUCGCCCCUGAUUCACAGCGCCGCUGA